AUGCCACCGUCGGAACAGCCAAGUCAUAGCUCGACUCCGAGAUCUUUUACAAGUCAAACCGCUUCCGCAGAAGACCUCCUCAAGUCACAGACAGUCGGACUUGUCCACCUUUCCGAUUUCCGUAAACGCCGCGCAGAAGUUCUGGAGCAGAAAGAGCGCGAGGCGCAUGACAAAUCGCUAGGAAGGUUUACGUCUGGUGAUUCAAGAAGUGCAACUCCUUCAGGCGAUGUAACUGACGGGAAUUCGACGUCACGGAGCGAGGGCCCGCCUAAGAAGAAGAAAAAGAAGCCACUAGCUAAGAGCAAACUAUCAUUUGGAGACGAUGAGGAGGAAGAAGAGGACGAUCAAUUGUUUCGAAAAACGAAAGCGAAAGCUGCGGAAGACUCCACGCCCACGCCCGCCGAACUAAGUACCUCGCGGUCUGCCACCGGUACACCUCUUGGGAGCUCAGCACCACCUUCGCGUCGUAUCACGCCAAACCCUAAUGCGCCGCCGCCUCCGAAGGCGCUUACGAAAGCCUCGCUCAAGGCGGAAGCGGAAGCGCGAGAUGCUUUGCGGAAAGAGUUUCUUGUGAUGCAGGACGCUAUCAAAAACACUGAGAUUCUUGUGCCUUUCGUCUUCUACGAUGGCACUAAUAUUCCUGCCGGUACAGCGAAAGUCAAAAAAGGAGAUCAAGUUUGGUUGCUAUUAGACCGGUGUCGAAAAUUGGCUGCUGAGUUGGGUGUCAGCGGUACCAGCGGAGCAUCCAAAGGCCGCAAAUACAAUCGCCGUGAAUGGGCGAGGGUCAGUGUCGAUGACUUGAUGCUUGUCAAAGGAGAGGUUAUCAUUCCACAUCACUACGAACUCUACUAUUUCAUCGCAAACAGUGUCCCUAGUUUCUCCAGCGCUGGAGGGCUACUGUUCGACUAUUCCAACAAGCCUCCACCACCGCCUCCAACAGACGAUCCUCUAUACCGGCCGAGCAAUGAGGAGCUCGAAGGAGGCAACAAAGACCCCACGUUAACGAAGGUAGUCGAUAGACGGUGGUACGAGCGGAACAAACACAUCUUUCCCGCAAGCUUAUGGCGGGAGUACGAACCUGGGCCGGACUUUGAAGAGAAGAUGCGUACAACGAGGCGUGACGCCUCUGGAAAUACAUUUUUCUUCUGA